AUGAAGAAACUACGAGUCCUAGAUCUGGGUUAUAGUGGCAUCAAAAGGCUGCAAAGCUCGGUUUCUUGCUUGAAGUAUUUGAGGUACCUCGACCGAUCAAACACCUUUAUCACAACUUUACCAGAAACUAUAUGUAGCCUCUGCAACUUGCAGGUUUUAAACCUUUCAGGUUGCUCUGAUUUAACCAGCCUGCCAAGGAGCUUAGCUAGACUGUGCAUGCUAAGACAUCUGAUUAUAAAUGAUUGUGAAAGGUUAACUUGCUUGCCAGAUUACAUUGGUGCACUAUUUCAACUUCGGACAUUGCCAAUCUUUUUUGUAUCAAAGGAGAGUGAUAACUUUAAGCAGUUGAAGAGACUGCGGCUUAGAGGAGAGCUGACAAUCAGGAACUUAGAGAAUGUUAAACAAGAACUAAAAGGCAUAAUCUUGGAAAUGAAAAACCUUCAUUCGCUGGAGUUGUCAUGGGGAGAUGAUCAUGAUGGGCAGAACUCGAGUGUUAGAAAUGAUUCUAAUUGCAGACUGGGUGAGAAAGUGCUUAACUGCCUGCAACCACCCCAAAAUAUAAAAAAUUUGUCUAUAAAAGGUUACCCAGGAAUCCAUCUUCCAAGAUGGAUGAAUACUCUUGCACUUCCUUUUUUAACUAAAGUACUGUUGAUCAACUCCAAAAGAUGUGAACAUGUCCCUGCUUUAGGUAACUUUCCAGUCCUAGAGACUAUCCACAUGCAUGGAAUGGAUGCUGUGAAGAAUAUUGGCAGUGAGCUCUAUGGUGAAGACAGAAAGAAAUCGUUUGCAUCGUUAAAGGAGCUAUCCCUCAUUGACUUCCCUAAUUUGGAAUUCUGGUGGAGUAUAAGUGGAGGCGAAGAAUUUCCCUCGCUUGUCAAAUUAACCAUCAAUAAAUGUCCUAAGUUGAUGAAUAUGCCAAUGUUUUCAUCUCUUAGGCAUUUGGAGUUCCAUAACUGCCAUGAAACGAUACUAGGGUCAGCAGUAAAUAUAACCUCACUUUCUGUCCUCAUUAUCAAUGUUUUCACUGGACAGUUGAUUCUAUUAGAUAACUUGCUUCAGAACAAUGUUCAUCUCAUGUCUCUAGCUAUCAGCUCUUGUCCCAAUCUUUGCUGCAUCCCUCCUAGUUUGGGGAACCUUGUCUCUCUAAAAUCAUUGACAAUUCGUUGGUGUGAGGAGCUCUUAUCUUUGCCACUGCAAUUGCAAAACCUCACCUGCCUGCAGUCUCUGGAGAUCAGUGAAUGUCAUAGCCUUUCAGCUUUACCCCAGAGCAUAGAUGGGCUAAUCUCCCUUAAAUAUUUGUCCAUUGAGAACUGCAGUAACAUAAGAUUGUUACCCAUAGGACUGCAACAUCUUAGUUCUCUUGAACACUUAACGAUUAUGUACUGUCCAAGUUUGGUGUCUUUGCCAACUGACUGGCAUGACCUUUCCAUGCUGAGGAGUUUGUGCAUUUUAUGCUGUCCAGAGCUGUCAUCUCUGCCUGAAAGUAUUAAACAUGUCACGACUCUGCAAAAUCUAGAAAUCCACGGUUGUCCUGGUUUAAAUGUGUUGCCAGAGUGGCUUGCAAAUCUUUCACUUCUUAGAUCUUUGGCGAUAUCAGAUUGUCCCAACAUGACAUCACUUCCAGAUGGUCUUCAGUGCCUGAGCAACCUCCAACGUCUUUCCAUUCAAGAAUGUCCAAGGCUUGAAGAGCAUUGCCAGAAAAAUAUAGGUAAGGACUGGCCAAAAAUAGCUCACAUUGCCCAUAUUUACAUCGGAUCACCGGAGGUCAGGAAAGAGAAUGUUGCUAGCAGCUCAUUGCGCUGA